AUGCAUCGAAUCUUAUUAGAUCUUAUUCCAUUUAAUCAAACCCAUACUGCUAUAAACCAAAGUGAAACGAUUAUUGAACUUCUAAAAGAAAUGACUAUUGGUCAUAAAAUUUUAGGAAUCAUGACAGACAAUGCCUCAAAUAUGAUUGCGAUGGGGCGUAUUCUUAAAGAUAAAAUAAAUGACAAGUUUAAUAAUCAAAAUCUACAACAUUUUUGUUGUGGUGCACAUGUUCUUAAUAUUAUCGUUGAAGAGGGAAUUAAAUUAAUCAGUAAAGAAAUUUCCAAAGCACGGGAGUUCUCUAUAAAGCUUUGA